UAGCGAGCGUUUUUUGAAAUUUAUUUCGUAUUUUUUUUUUUUAUAGAAAAAGUGAAUAUAAACCAUAUUUUGUUUACUUUUGAAUAUACAGCAAUGUUUUUUUUUCUUAGUUAAAGAUAACCGUAGCAUUAAGUAAGUUUGCGAAAAGUUUUAAAAACCAACAGUAAAUAUUAAAUUGGGAGGCAUACAAAACACGUCACAUAGCUAUUGAUUAUUUGUAUGUAACGAACAGGUAUUUCACCACUUGCAAUAAGUUUCGGCUUUUACAGAUACUCGACGCUAAAAUGCCGUCCAUAACAGGAAAAUAUCAACACUACAAAAAUGAAAAUAUUGAUGACUAUUUUACUGCAGUGGGUGUACCAUAUAUGGGCCGUAAAAUGAUGUCUAUGUCCUCUCCGUUGAUGGAAAUUACUAUGGAUGGAGACACUAUGACUAUAAAGAAUUCGUCAUUGAUGAGGACUGUUGAUUACAAAUUCAAGUUUGGAGAAGAAUAUGAAGAAAAUAUGCCCAACACUGUUAUUAAGAGUGUAACAACUAAGGUAAAUGAUAAUGAAAUUGAAACAAAGUCUAUAAUACCUGAAACUAAUGCAAAAUGUGGAAGACAUUACCUUUUUACUGAUGAUGAGUGUGUUGUGACACUGACUCAUGAAAAUGCGGCUGUUCCUGGAAAGCGUUACUUCCGCAGGGUUCCCUAAAUUAUGCAGAAUUUAUCAUAUUGAGGAAGUAACAAUUGUAAGCUACAGUAUGUAUAGUGUAAUGGAAUUACUCAUUUUUAUACUUUAUAACCUAUUAUUCAAUGAAGGGGUUUCAAAAAGCAAAUUCAUUUUUAUCUUGCUUACAUAUGUACACAGUUAAAAGAGGUUAAUGCCAAUAAAUAGCUAAGUUAAUUUCCAUUUAUUAACAGGCAGGUCAAUUAUCAAUUUAAUGGAUAUAUGGACUGUGAACUGAAUUAGUACAUAGUACUUUCAGUACUUACUUAUUAUUUUUAACUUAAUUGAGUAAUAAUUAUUUAGGACAUGUUAUGUGAUAUUCUUUUUAUACAAUAAAAUAUUUUUUUUUAUUAUAUUUUGAUAUUCCCCAUAUUUUUUUAUUUGUAUUUUUGUAUUUGUACAUUGCUGUUACAGUGGAUGUUGUUAAAUAUAAACUUUGUAA